AUGACGUGGAGUCUCUUGGCCUGGGUCCUGGAUGCUGCAGGGGCAGGGGCUGGGCCUCCUGAGUUUGGGGUCCCUUAUGCUGGGACACUGACAGAACUUCUGAAGCAGCCUGGCUCCCAGGAACCGCUGCCUCCACCUCUGGGCCUGCCCCUGGGUAGCUGUGUCCAGGUGCAGAUGGGUGAUGGCCUCUCCCGGAGCUCCCCGCACAACAGCACAGACAAGAAACGCCUCAACAACGCGCCCCUGGGGUCCGCCCCCCCAGGGCCCCCGCGCGGCCCCCGGUUGCAGGGCGGAGGCAGCGUGACGCUGCAGCCGGACUAUGCCAAGUUCGCUCCUCCGAAGACAGCCACGCUCCAGGCCGCAGAGGCCGCCCCCCAGGACUAUUACCAGCGUUUUCCCACCACCGAGCCGGCCCCGCGGACCCUCCACUACGCGGCCUGGACCGCCGGCCGCCGGGCCCGGCCCGUCCCCCGCGGCCACCUGGCGUCUCAGGCCUCCCCGGCGCCCCCGCGGUCAUGCCACGCGCCCCGGCGCCAGUUCAGCGUGGAGAAGCUGCCCGAGGCCUUCAGCCCACAAGCCCCCCGCCUUUACGGCAGCGCGGGCCGCGCACCCCGGCACCUGAGCACCAACAGCAAAGCCGAGGUCACCGUGUGAAGCGAUGCCACUGGUCCCUCCCUAGUCAUCGCUGGUCCUGGGCCCCAGGCCAGGAGGAGAGGAGCGCUCGCCCGGGACGGCCAGCCCUUGCGUGCCCAAACUGUACUGGCGGCAUUGGAGCCUGCAGGGAAAAGUAGGGCCCACUGGGUAAGGACAGUGGUUCUGUCCUUGGGGCCGCAGGGCCCGGGUUCCUCGUGUAAAUAAACCCUUUUCUGUGGUCCUACCCCUGAGAAUAAAGGAACCCCAGCUUGGCUGUGAGUGAC